AUGACCUCUUCGUGGUUUCCAUUCAACUUCAACUUCUCAUUUCCGAGCCUGACUCCGCCGUUGUCGAUUCAGAGAAGAUUUAUCUCCUUUCUCUUGAAACGAUCCCUCGGACAUCUUCUGAAGCCAGGACAGCUUGACAUUGACCAGAUUGACGCUCAAAUCGGGAAUGGAUUCGUUGAGAUUAAAGAUCUGGAGCUCGAUUGCAACGCUAUCAACUCUUUCGUAGACGGCCUACCUGUACAGCUCCGCAGCGGAGCCAUAGCGUCUGUUACUGCACGCAUACCUUGGCCUAACCCGUUCUCGUCAACCGUCGGACUUUCUCUAUCCGGUCUGCAACUAGAUUUCUGCCUCUCGGAGGCCCCAAGUAGCUCUCACGAGACACAAUAUGCAGACGAGUUAGCGGAGUCUGUUGCUUCAGUCGCGGAAUCUUUCGUUCAUGAUGAACUCACGGAGGGGGAAGAAGCUCAGCUUCGUCAGUCCGUUCAUUUUGAACAAGCUGCUUCUGGUGGUAUUCCCGGUGCGAUCAAUUCUACGAUUGAUCAGGACCAAGAAACCGCACACAAGCUUGUUAAUGAUCCCGAGGGUGUUUCUAUAUUUGCAAGGCUAUUUGAGAACCUACUAGCGCGGUUCGAUUUCGACGCUUCAGAAUCAACAAUCUCCCUGACACAUAAGGAUGUGACCAUUGGUCUAUGCAUAUCUCGGAUCCAUUAUUUUACUAGGGGCGUCGUGCAGCCCGAGCAAAGCUCGGAUCCGGAGAAUCCUAACAGCGGAGAAAGACGUUCUCUGGAAGUAGCCGGAUUUAAGCUUACAAUGCAAGACUGCGAUGAGCGCUCUUUGUCGCCACCAAAUCCAGUUGACGAGCAAAUGCAUUCCGACUUGGCACACGAGACCAGUGAUUCUGAACUAGAUGACGAAACGCAAGUCGCGAUGUCACAGUCAUUGAUUUCUCUUCCCCCUCGGCCUCUUGACAGACCUACAGGACCUCCUUCACCUGUGCUAUCAACGAUAUCAUCGGUGUCGGCGUCGUCGAGCAUGUACGAAAGUGCGUUGUCAGCGACUGGUCGGUCACAGUUACCCUGUCAGCGGCCGAUUGGCUCUGAUAUGCCCAUUCAAACUGGCCAGUCUAAGCGAACGAUAUUAGAAGUGACAGAACCAAUUCUGCUCCACCUGACGACGCCUCCGGUUGCCGAACGCAACCAGCUCGGUCCUACUGACGAAUCACCCGGACAGGAAAGGGAUCAGGAGCAGUCACCACAGAAUAUGAAACUGGACAUUUCCAUGGGGAUUAUAGCUAUCCUACUCGAUGCACGAUGCGUACAUGGUCUACUGAUGAUUGCUAGUGCAUUCUCAAAGGCUAUGCCUUGGUCACCUGUGACGCGACCAGAUGUAGUAGAGCAAGAGGCAACAACUCUUGACCUCAUAGAUCUUUCACUGACUGUCAAAGGUUUGGUGGCCUUGAUUUUCGGAGAUUAUGGCAAUGGCCCACAGGAGAGGUCAUUUAUUUCUCAGUUCUACGAGAAGCCUCUCAUCCCUCUAAGUACUUUGAAUGGGUACACGCGUCUUCACGUCGAUCUAGUUAAGGUGACGCGGAAAGCCGAAGCUAUAAUAAGUCCCCAUGCGUCCCCUACAUCUCCGCAACCAUCUCUAGAGUCGUUUGCAUCAACAAGACCGCAGAUGCCCCGUAAGUGCUUGAUAACGCUGGCUAUCUCUGAUGUAUCGGUUCUUGCUUUCCACUCACAGAUUCCAUCUUCUUCCGGCGCAAGCAAGAGCGGAAAGCCUAAUCCAUCUUCACCAAUCCUCAUCACUGAUCGCAACCUGGCUUAUUCAUAUCGUCUUCCUUCGACUCAGCCAAAAUUACAUCCAGCGAGGCAUCUUCAUCCGUGCGCCGAUGACGACAAGAAUGUCACGAUGCCUAGUAUUGACAUAAUGGAUUGGAAUUCCGAACACGCUAGAGGACAAGGCGCUAGCUUACGCCAUUGGCGGACUAGAGGUGCAACUGCUUCACAUUAUCAGAAAACUCCAGGAAGUCUUGGAGCGGGCCUUGUUUCCAGCGUUGGUAUCCCGUUAUCCCCAACGCAGGCCAUGCGAAAUCCUUUUACGGACCAGGCUCGUUCUCCGAAGUCUAACGUCUCAUCGGCCGUUUUCGCCCGGAUACAGCAAGGAAGAGCUGCAAACAUCACGUCCAUUGCAGUAGAUACCCUUCCUAUACACUUCUUUGUCGACCUGGGCGUCGUUCAUUCAGUAUCCGAAUUCCUGGUGACUGCUCUUCCUGGUACAAAUGAGGAACCAAACACCAGCCAAGCAGGCAUGCAUCGGGGCCAAGAAAUAGAGGAUGAAAUCGAUGGUGAAUUAUUCACGCAGACACCCAUCAAGGAGAAAAGCAGACUCGAGAAACUUGUAUUAGAGGACUUGGACUUGGACUUGGACUAUCGUCAGGCCGGUGAUACCACGCCCAAACGACGAGCGAGCCCAUCUCGGAGGGGAGCAAAGACACGUCGAAAUAAUUAUCACUCAUCGCCGCGGUUUGAUUUACGAAUCCCUCUCUUACGUGUGGAACUCUUGGUACCACCACCUGUUGGUCGAUCACCGCGGACAGGGCCUUUACUGCUGGAUCUUCAUUCAGCUCACCUAUCGACGUCAACUCUUCAUUCGCCUGGAGAUCCACGCGUCCCUCGUUUUAGUGUCAACGAAAAAGACGAUACUGGCUUUGAGGAAUGGUUCAGUGAUGUUCCUGCGUCACAGACAACUUCACUCGAAAUUCGGCGAGUUGUUCUGGCAUAUGCAGGGCUUGGGCAAAAAGCAGCGGAAGCGGUUCUUUCACUUGGACCACUUGGCGAUACUGCCGCGGAGACAGCCCAUGAUGAACACGGCCGGCCCCUUCUCUUCCCUCUAAUUCUAUUCCGGAGUCGCAACAUGAUGGGCGAGGAACCUCGACCUAACGCAAUACUUAUGCGAGUGCCAUCCUUGUUCGUAAAUAUGAAUAAAGCCUGUUUAGACGGCCUACAAUUGUGGGUCGACGGUAUAGGCCAAUGGUAUGAGCAAUUGGCUGGUGGACAGCCCACUGGGGGUAGACCGAGUAAUCAGGUCAGCAGGACGAGCAGUUUAAUCGGCAGCCGUUACUUCAUUCAAAGGUCGGGCAGUGGAAGCACGGAGAACGAGCUGGCGAGCGCAGAUGAUCCGAGUACAAAGAGCGAGGUUGUUGUUAAGACAUGUGUCUCUGAAGUUUUCAUUCGUCUGGAGAUUCCUAUGGGAAAUGGCACAGAAGAUAAUCGGUUACUCGACAUAUCUGCUUCCGAUGUAGAUGCUUUAGUGGAGGUCAAACCAGAAGGAAAGGACGAAACCGUGAUAUCUCUCAAUGUUGUUGAUGUGAACAUCAAGGAGCGCUCAGUGGCAGGACUUCACAGUGUGCUUAUAACUAGACCAAUGAGCAUUAAUAGGAUUAACAACCCUGCCCUUAAAGUUCGCUUCCGAUCCGUUUCUUUGCCAUCAUCGAUCGCGAAGGAGUCGAGAGUCCGCCUGGUCCUGAACGGACUCACCUUAAACUUACGGUCUGAAAUAGAGUGGAUAUCGGACUUAAUGUCCUUCGUGAAAGCACCUCCUGGAGCAUUUGAGUCCGUGAUUCCGAGUGAAAGAACCUAUGUUUCAGUUGAUGUCCGGGACUGUGCACUCCGAGUGGUUCCGCCUACACGACAAUGUGCUGCUGUCAUUUCAUUAGCGGACGUCACUGUUUCUACCGAUCUUGUUGGCGAUUCACAAGAGAUGGCCUUCCAUGCCUCGGUUUCUGACCUUUCCGUGUUCCUAAACGAUGACAGUCUUACUUUGACUGAAAUAUCUGCAUUAAGCACGGGGCCUGAUGCAGCCUUUUGGAUGGGACAACGUUAUGCGCUCCUCGCUACUGUUCAAGGCCUCAACUUGCAGCUAAAGCACAAUGGGAAGACUGUACCCUCUAAUUCGCAGGUUUCGAUUAAUGGCAUGCUUCUUAAAGUCUAUCUAUGCGCAGACACCAUAUCGGGAAUUGCUGGCUUUAUUGCCGACGUGCAGUCCAUAAUUCCUGUCAGCGCAGACGCUGCGUCUGCGCUGCCUAAGCUGCCUCGCAGAGCCAUGGAAGUCUCUGACUCCCGAUCUUCAACGCUUCUUCGUUCACUGGACGAACAGGCCUUCCGUCGUCAGCCAGUCAUAGGACCUCUACCAGAUAUGAUUGAUGACGAUUUGCCCAAGAACCCGGAAUAUCUGGACUCUUCGUUUGGAGCUGCAGCGGGACUCCGAGCUCUUGAUGAUGACGAGGAUGAUGACUUUUAUCCGGAGGAUCAGAGUUCGUCCACACAGUCCUCUGAGAACAUUAUCUCUAGGCACGGAGGGGAAACCAUUAAAAUGCUCUGCUCUCCACUUGAGAUUGUGGAGAGCUACUUCGAAACACUUACGCCGAAUCCACUCGAUUUUGCUGCGCAGCACGGUGAAACCUCUGUCAGGGUACGCAUGCAGGACUGUGACGUUCACUUGCUCCUUUAUGAUGGAUACGACUGGGAUCGAACUAAGGCCGCGAUUCGAGAAGAGGUAAAGCGAGUGAGACGUCGCCUCGCGAAAAUCAGGCAGUUACUUGCGAAUGGACAAGCCUACGAUCCGAAUAUCGACGAGAUCAAUUCCGUUUUGUUCAAUUCUGUUUACGUAGGCCUGGAGCAGGAUAAGGAAGACUUGGAAGGAGAUGCUCUUAUCACAGCUAUUGAUAACGAACUAGCGGUGGACGCCAGCGAUGUUGCAUCGGAAAGCUCGUGGCAGUCAUUCACCCCAGAUCGGAAGGCACGUGUUGAGGCCGCAAAAUCAAACCUCCGCUUAAACAAGCUGGAUAGAGCGAAGGGGCCGAGCAUAGAGUUUGCUCUUCGUGGUAUGGCGAUCGACUUCGACCGGUACUUACCUGAUGCAAACCUUACCUCCCGCUUGCUAUCCACCGUCAGAGAUUUGGAAAUUCUGGAUCAUAUCAAGACGUCGACUUGGAGCACGUUCUUGACCGAGCUGAGAUCUGACUCGCGAGGCAACAUUCGUGAAACGGAUUCCAAUAUGGUGCGAGUAGAAUUGCAAAUGCUGCAGCCAUUCCAAGGUCACACUGAACAGGAGGCGCGACUGAAGGCAAAAAUUCUGCCCUUACGCUUGCAUGUGGAUCAGGAUGCUCUAGAUUUCCUGAAAAAAUUCUUUGCCUUCAAGAGUGGCGAUUCCGCAUCUCCGUCCGAUGAGGACGAGAUAUUUUUCCAACACGUCGAGAUAUUUCCCGUCGACAUUAAACUUGACUACAAACCCCGUCGCGUCGAUUAUAGGGCUCUGAAAGAAGGGAGGACUAUUGAGUUGAUGAACUUCUUCCACUUCGACGGAUCAGAAAUGACUCUGAGACAUAUUACUCUAAAAGGGAUAACAGGAUGGGCACGGAUGUUUGACACCCUCAACGAUCUCUGGACGCCUGAUGUCAAAGCGAACCAGCUGGUGGAUGUUAUCUCUGGUGUAUCGCCAAUUCGGUCCGCUGUGAAUGUCGGAUCGGGCGUGGCGGAUCUUGUGCUGUUGCCAAUCGCUCAGUACAAAAAGGAUGGACGAAUCAUUCGAGGGUUGCAAAAAGGUACAACAGCCUUCAUGAAGUCGACCGCUAUGGAAGCAAUCAAGCUCGGUGCUCGCCUUGCGACCGGAACGCAAGUUGUCCUCGAGCAGACUGAGAAUGUUCUUGGGGGACAAUUUUCCGGACCGGUGACCGCUGAAGCUCUUCAAGCCCCACCUAGAUCUGGUCCAUCAGACGCGCUUUCGGAUGAAGACGAUGACGGGGCUUCGGCUGGAGAAUUGUAUAGCAAGUAUGCUGAACAGCCCACUAAUGUCAAAGAAGGCGUGCAAUCGGCAUAUCGGACUUUGUCGCAAAAUUUUAAAUAUGCAGGACAAACGAUUCUGGCUGUGCCGAUGGAGGUUUACGAGCGUUCUGGAACGGAAGGCCCUGCACGCGCUGUUAUCAGAGCAGUACCAAUAGCAGUCUUAAAACCAAUGAUCGGAGCGAGCGAAGCUAUCAGUAAAACACUAUUGGGGCUUCACAACACUCUCGAUCCACAGGCACAAAUUGACACUGAGACCAAAUAUAAGCAUCGGUGA